AUGGAAAAUUACACCUUCCAGCCGGUUACAAUUAGCCACAACCCUCAUGAAAAUGAGGUUGCCACAGCUAUCCUCAAGAGGUGGUAUGAUAAGGCUGAGCUUGCUGAAGCAGUAGAGUAUCUGCCUCCAGGUCUAACGCCCAAUGUGUGGGCCACUGUUCUCGACAAGUUCAAGGAUGCGAUAGGUACGGAGAAAGUUGUCCUUGGCAAAGAGCUAAGAAUGAACUAUAUGGAUCCAUUCUCAAUAAAUUCCGACGAAAAAGAAAAACGUGGCAGCGCCUGUGCCCUGCGACCCACCAAUGUCAAAGACAUUCAGGCAAUAUUGAAGAUCGCAAAUGAGUAUAAGAUCCCCCUGUGGACCGUCUCCCGCGGCAGAAAUCUUGGGUAUGGCGGACCUUCUGCACGUGUGAAGGGCUCUGUUAUUGUUGAUCUCCAGAAGAUGAACAAGAUCCUAGAAAUCAAUGAUAAAUUCGCGUAUUACACGGUUGAGCCAGGAGUGAGUUUCUUCCAGCUAUUUCAAGAGAUACAGGCACAGAAAAAGAAGAUUUGGUGUUCUGCACCUGCCUUGGGUUGGGGAAGUGUGGUAGGAAAUGCGCUGGAUCGGGUGAGUCUUUACCUUGCAACUGUGAAUUAUUUAGUUGACCAUGGACAGGGCUGGGGCUACACUCCCCACGGCGAGCACUCGAACCAUAUAUGCGGUGUCGAAGUAGUUCUAGCAGAUGGCACGCUAAUUCGAACAGGAAUGGGAGCUUUGGAAAACUCGGCCUGCUGGCCACUAUUUCGAGGCGGGUAUGGACCAACUUACGAUUCCAUGUUUAGCCAGUCGAAUUUUGGUAUUGUGACCAAAUUAACACUUUGGGCAUCUCCGGCACCCGAGGGAUAUAUGCGAUGCCAUCUGGCAGUCCCUGAAGAGGGUGAUCUGGCACCUAUGGUUGACAUCUUUCGGGAAUUGCUUUUACGGGAAAAGAUUCAAAACCACCCUGUUAUCGGCAAUAUCAUUCGCGAGAUCAACAAACGUGGUCUCCGCAGCGACUUUUGGGAAGAGUCAUGCUCGAUUCCAUACAGACGACUUAAGGAAAUUCAAGCGGAGUUAGGGCUAGGAUUCUGGGAUGCUACUUUUGCCCUCUAUGGGCCCAAGGAGAUGAUGGAGUAUAACUUCCAACAGAUUCAGGAAGCUUUCAAUCCGAUCAAGGGCCACGUUCUCAAGGGAACCGCUUAUUAUCCUAAAUCGGGUGAAAAAUAUCUCAAUGCGCUGGAUGUACCCUACGACUUGCAGACCGGUAACCCUGGUCUAGGCCCUUUACGCUCAAUUGAAUACCGUGGACUUGAUGGUGGACACAUUUCGUUCUCUCCCGUCUUGCCAUCAGACGGGAAGGCAGCACUUGACUUCUACCACACGGCACAGAAGCUCUGUAAGAAACAUGGCUUUGAUUUCUGUGCCGGGCUGCAUAUGCAUUUGCGCCACAUGACGCAUAUCAACAUGAUCCACUUUGACCGUGAGUCUCAAGAAGACAAAGACGCAGCCAAUAAUUUGUUCGUCGAUAUGGUUCUUGCUGCGAGGGAAGCCGGAUACGGUGAAUACCGUGCACACAUUGAGCAUAUGGAUCUUGUGGCUCAGCAGUAUGACUUUGGUGGUGGUACGUUAAUGAGAUUGAACGAGAGAAUCAAGGACACGUUGGAUCCCAAUGGCGUCUUGAGCCCUGGAAAGCAGGGUAUUUGGCCUCAAAAAUAUCGAAAUAAAGCGAGGAACAUCAGUGAAUAA